AGCUGAUUAAAUAACAGAGACACCACGAGUUGUUCUUCUUAUUUGCUGAUGGACUUUAACACCUUAGAUAGCAACUAUACUGUCUUGACUCCUACAAGAUUCCUAAUGGAUUCUACUACAGCACACGACUGGAAUUUCUCAACAGCUUCAAAUUUCUACAUGAACACGCAAACCCCAUUCCAAGAUCCAAAGCAAGGCAUAUUGAUUGCACCGCCUAGUCCAACCAUGACUGAUUUGUCUCCUAUGAAAAGCUAUGCACCAAAUACUCCUCCCACUCCUCCCACACAAGCUAAAUCACCUCCUCCACUUACUCCAAAGAAGACUGAUAUUAAUGAAGAACGUAAACAAUUAUUAGAAAAGAAUAGGCAAGCUGCUUACAGAUGCAGACAAAAGAAAAAAAGAUGGGUCCAAGAACUCGAAGAGAAAUCAGAGAUAUCCGAAAAAAGAAACAGAGAGCUUCAAGAGCAAGUUGCUAGGCUUCGUGAGGAAAGCAUAUAUUUGCGCAAUUUACUGCUCACGCAUGGUAACUGUGAGUGCAAAGUUGUUCAAGCUUAUCUUCGUCGUACUUCAGCAAAUCUCUCCAGUCGACCAAGCAUGAUCCCUUCUGAUUCCUCAUACAAUCCUAAUUGUCUAUUCACUUCAUCUUCUUCCCAAAAACACUAUGUAUAGCUAACUUAUAUGAGUCCAAUAUCCCCUCUUCCCCUUGUUAUCUGUCUCUAAUGGCAGUUGUGAAUAUUCUCUCGCUUUUCUUUAUGUAUUUAUGUGUGACCUAUGGAUUAUUCUUUUCUCUUUUUCUUUUCCCUAAGUACAUACAAGCAUUAUAAAUAAAUUGUUGCUUUAUCUUAUUAC